UUAAAACACAAUGAGAAACGUCACGUGGUUUUGUAUUUUAAAACACGAUGAGAAACGUCACAUGGUUUUGUAUUUUAAAACACAAUGAGAAACGUCACGUGGUUUUGUAUUUCGAAACACGAUGAGAAACGUCACGUGGUUUUGUAUUUCGAAACACAAUGAGAAACGUCACGUGGUUUUGUAUUUCGAAACACGAUGAGAAAUAUCACGUUCUUUUGUAUUUCAAAGCACGAUGAGGAACAUCACGUUGUUUUGUAUUUCAAAACACGAUGAGAAAUAUCACGUUGUUUUGCGUUUUAAAACACGAUAAAAACACCACGUUGUUUUGUAUUUCAAAACACGAUACAAAACACCACGUUGUUUUGUAUUUCAAAGCACGAUAAAAAUCAUCACGUUGUUUUGUAUUUUAACACGCGCGGUUUGUAUAAAUACACUUGUCGUCUUGUCGAUUGAAUAAUGAUGCUUUUUAGCCUUGCAAUUAUUUCUCUAUUUAUUAAAUUUAAUCUGCAUGACGCAGCUGCUUUGCCUUACGAGUUAAAGGAAGACCGAAGCCAUCGUCACGUUCUCUCGAUUGCAGACGUAAAAAAAACCGAAGUGAGCAAACGUUAAGCAAAAUAAAACGACGGUGAAUAAAUUUGAUCGAAAAAUUUGAUGCUCAGUUUGUAGAAUCGACAGAGCUACGUUGCUAUAAUACAUAUUUCCCGUUGCUUAUAUACAUUAGGGGGAUAAAUUAUAUUUCAGCUGGUUGUACAUGUUGUCAUUGUUGUCCUGUACAAGCUCGUUGCUAUCGAUUCCACGCUACAGUCGAGAUUAAGCUAUCUUAACCAUGCCCAUCAGUUCGAGAUUUUUUGAGUGCCAUAUCAACUAUCUCGUUAAUCUUGCUCGGGAGGAGCCAAGACUUGCUGGAGGAUUGCUAACGAAAGACGCAGAACAUGGCUCUUCGAAGUGGUCAAAACGUUGGGUAAUUUUGUAUCAGAAUUUUUUAUUCACUUUUGAGAAUUCAUCCAGCGGGAAGCCUCUAGGAAUGAUUCUCCUAGAACAUUGUACAAUCGACUUGUUGUCUAUGACAAGACUUCGGGAUCUAUCUUGUAAGAACACAAUUUUCAUCGCGACAUCUGCAGAGUACGAGGUGACGAAAUAUUAUCUGCGUGCGAAUUCUCAAGAUGAAUGCGAUAAGUGGCUCGCUGCAUUGAAAUCUUCAAGCUAUUGCACACUUGAAAUGGAGAAGAAAGAAUUUGAAGCGAAAUAUUCUCUAUCCACUCGCAUACUUGAAGCAGAACAGACUGGAAAACAACAAUUGAUGAAUCAAUGUCUGGAAUACGACCAACGAAUCGCUGUCCUAGAAGCUCAGCUUUCAAAAAUGAGACGAGAGGAAUCAGAGGAACGCGCACAAGAGGAGAAAAUGGAGGGGGAUGAUAUAAAAAAGAUAAAAAAGGUUCAGAGCUUAGUUCGCGCCUGGUUAUGUCGACGUCGCUGGCGUUCGGUCGUGAGAGAUUACAUUGAUUCGGGUCACGCGGAAUGCAUCAGACAACGCAACCAAGUGAUCUUUCAUUUCGUCCAGGAGGAAGAACAAUAUGUGAAGGAUUUGUCGACGCUGGUCACGUGUUUUUUACGUCCUUUUCGUAUGGCAGCCAGCGCCCAGAAACCGCCCACGACUCACGAGGAAGUGAACUCGAUAUUUUUAAAUUGUGAGAUCAUACUCUUUCUUCACCAAAUUUUCUUGAAAGGAUUACACACACGAAUGGAGAAUUGGCCAACACUUAUACUGGGUGACUUAUUUCGCUUAUUGCUACCAAUGUAUGGUAUUUACCAGGAGUAUGUAAGAAAUCAUCAUUACAGUCUUCAGAUGUUGGCCGAAUGUAAAAAACAAUCAUCAAGCUUCAAUCGACUUCUUUCCAUCCACGAGGAGAAGCCCGGGUGUGCCAACAGAAGUCUUGAGACAUUUCUUACGCUUCCCAUGCAUCGAGUUCCAGGUUAUAUCAUCACUUUGCAUAGAUUGCUUGCAUUUACACCUCCUGAUCACGUGGACAGGGAAUGUUUGGAGUACGCGCAAGGCAUUUUGGAAGAACUGUCGAUGAUAAUGCACGAUGAAGUCAGCGAAACGGAGAAUAUCCGUAAAAAUUUAUCAAUUGAACGACAAAUAUUCGGUGGUUGUGAAGAACUACUUGACGUUCAACAAGUUUUCAUUCGUCAAGGAAGCCUCAUACAGAUUCAGGAGUGUUCUAAAAAACCGACAUUAUCCUUGGCGGGAAGAGGAAUCUUUCCCAACGAAAGAAAAGAGUCCCUACGUCAUUGUUUUCUGUUUUCUGGUUUGCUGUUGAUUGCAUCAAAAUCGUCCAAUGGAAAACUACAUCUUAAUAAGUCUACCGGAAAGUUGUAUCUCUCCGAAGUCACGGUGAUAGACAAUAUUCACGACGAAGAUUUAGUUUUAGAUGCUGCUAACUCUACGUGGAAGAUCGAACAGCCUUGUGGACUUGCUGAUAUGGCAUUAAGGGUCGUAAUACAUCCACGUGACGGCGAGCAGCCGCUGAAUAUUACUUUAGUCGCGCAGACGGCUCACGAGAAGGACUCUUGGCUCAGUGACUUGAAACAGUGCAUCGAGAAUAUCAGUUUCAUUAACAGUUUACAAGAAACAACUUUACCUAGCCGUCAAUGUUUCACUAAUUUAAGAAAUGAUCCCAGCCUUUACACUGAUGAUGUAGGCAUUAAGUACUCAAAAUGCCUCAACUCUUGUCGCAUUCCGAGGAUCCGUUAUGCCAGCGAAAAACGUUUAUUCGAACGUCUUUUGGAUUUAAGAUUCUUCAGCAUUGAGUUCCUUAACACCUUUUUAAUAACAUAUCGCAUGUUUACCGACGCAGACACGAUACUCGAUGUAUUAGAAAGGUUUUACUACGACAGACAAAGAUCGUGUUCUCUGCCUUUGACACACUCGGAUCUCUUCAACAAUACAAAUCGACGUCCGUAUUUAUUAAACGAGAAACAUUCGGCAACUAGCUGUGCCACUCAAAAGAACGACGCUGUCACUUCACUGUGUGAAGAGACAAUCGAUGACGAUCAAGAGACUCCAACUCGACCAACAACACUUGAAAUUCCUUCAUCCUGUUUCCAUCGUCGGCAUUCGUCUCCAUCGGCUCUUGGUGAAGGAAAUGCCUUUAAAUACCCAAAUUCAGUUGAAACGUCCGCUUCAUGUUAUUGCACUACCAACUUGGAGCUUGAAGAUGCUUGUGCAGUCUCUGAUGAUCUAAAGCAUUUACGACACCUUACGAACAGCAGCUCUUGCCUGCCACAAAAUGAAGAAGAACAAAAACUCCUUUGCAAGUCAGAGCGUUGUAAUAACAACAGUAUUUUCGCGGAUGAACUUGAAAAGAUUUCGACGACGUAAAUGGGAAAACAUAACAUAAAUAUGAAGCAUUCUGUGAUGAUACAAGAUGACUGUAUCCCUUUAAUUACCACAACUUGCUCCACUGACGUCAAGGAAAGAGUGUGUCACGUGUUUGAAGAUGACGAUGAUACAACAGUUGAUAAAGACGGCAAUAUUGAUACACUAGGGAUUGUAAAGGACUCUUUUGCUUCGAAAGUUCAUGCAAAGUUAACAAAUAACGAUGACAACAACAACGCGAGUGGAAUGUCCAACGAAGUAGAAUCUUGUGGUGAAUGUUCCGAAGUUUUCAAUAAGGACAGAGAUGAUGUUCAGAGCGUAAAAACCACAAAGUCUUCUCCCGGUCAUUGUGGCUUUUCUUUGGGUUUGGAACGGUCGAAAGAAUUACCGGAGAAAAGGCCCAACUCCUGUCCGAAAACCGUAGGGAAACGUCAACCACACUACCUCCCCAAAAUCCCCCAAGAGAACCCUAGUCCUAAGCAUAGCAAGAUGCGGUCAAAGACUUUACUCGAGCGACGAAAUCACGGAAAAACUGCGGCCAUGGCCAACACAAUUGAACUAAAACCGAAACGAAAAUUCACUUUUCCAAGGCCUCUAUCUCCUCGACUCGGUACCAGCUCUCCCAAACCUCUUUCCAGCCCCGGUGCUGUCGUGACAUCUUCACGGUCAUCUAUACGCAAGACGAGUAUAACUGCAGCAGCCGCUGCGUUUGCAGCUGCUACUGCAGGCGCACCGUGUUCUCCAUCAUCGCCUCUUACGUCAGCACACGCGAGAUUCUCUUUCCGAGAAGUUCAAAGUCCUCUCGCUCGAGUUUUGACCAUACUUCAUCACUGGAUUAUCAAACAAGGACAGGAUUUUCAUACAGUUGCAAAGCUAAAGUUACGGGUACAAAACUUUCUUGACGAUGUAAAAGAUUGCGAACGAACCACAAGUGAACAGCGUAGACUUUGUGAUACGAUUUCUCAAAUUCUUAAACGCCAUUCAUAUUCGAUACUCGAAGAGAAGUUGUUUCAAAGAUUAUUCCUGCAACAGACUCCGAAACCAACGAAGUUGAGUUUUGAUAAACUUUCCUCGAAUCAGUUGGCUGAACAAAUUACACUAACUGAACACCUCUUGUUUUCAAGAAUACCAUCUUACGAGUUUUUGAAUUUGGCAUGGAUGAAAGCGGACAAGGACGUCAAGGCUCCAAAUAUUUUGAGAGUCAGCCAAAGAUUUAACAUGGUGAGUCGAUUAGUUGCGUCGGAAAUCUUAAGUCGCAAUACGGCUUCAUCUAGAGCAACAACAAUUGAAAAAUGGGUCGUUGUAGCCGAUGCUUGUCGUCACUUGUGCAAUUUUAAUGCUGUUCUAGAGAUCGUCUCGGCCCUCAUGAGUAGUUCAGUCUUCCGACUUAAUAAAACUUGGGAAAAACUAUCGAAGCAGACAAGAGCCACGGUAGACAAGCUACAGGAUCUAGUCAGCGCUGACGGCCGUUUUAAGAAUAUGCGCGAGGCUUUGAGAUGCUCCAGUCCACCUUGCAUACCUUAUCUUGGCUACCUGCUUAAUGACCUUGCCUUCAUUGAAGAAGGAACAUCUAUGACUGACGAGAAUGGUCUCAUAAAUUUUUCAAAGAUGAGAAUGAUUGCUCAAGUUGUUGAGGAGAUACGUCAUUAUCAAGAAAUUAGCUACAACAUUCAACAUGACUCGAAUGUAACGGAUUAUCUCUUCAACGAAGAAAUCUUGAUGGAUGAAAAUUCGCUGUACAAAACUUCUCUCACUUGGGAGCCAAAGAAGCGUCCGUCUGUCAAAUUAAAAAAUCGAGAUCAUCAUGAGUGAUCCUCUUUUUGCUUUUAAAUUGUUAGUAAUAUGGAAAAUUUUUAUUUAGGUUGGAUUUAGCUGAACUUGGGGCAUAUUAUCUUUAGUACUCUGAAUAAAAACAGCACUUUAAUCUUCGAAUAAAAAAACAAAAGAAUUACUCCAGACGCGUACAACAUACAGAUCAGUGUCUUGGCUUUGUUACUUAGCAACACAGUUACCUAGCAACAAAGUAUUAAAUUUUUUAUCGUUGA